CCCCAGGGCUGAGAGCUGGGAGGGCAGAGCCGGGAGCCGGGAGCUGAGCGCGCCGGGCUGGGGCCGGGGCCGGAGCUGAGCGGAGCGGAGAGGGAGCGCGCCCGCCCCAGCCCCGAGUCCCACCGCCUUCCCGCCCGCCGCAGCGCGGGGCCAGCGGCCGCCGCCCAGCCAUGGAGCCAGACAACAGUCCCCGGAAGAUCCAGUUCACGGUCCCGCUGCUGGAGCCGCACCUUGACCCGGAGGCAGCGGAGCAGAUUCGGAGGCGCCGCCCUACCCCUGCCACUCUCGUGCUGACCAGUGACCAGUCAUCCCCAGAGGUAGAUGAAGACCGGAUCCCCAACCCACUUCUCAAGUCUACUUUGUCCAUGUCUCCACGGCAACGGAAGAAGGUGACGAGGACCACACCCACAAUGAAAGAGCUCCAGAUGAUGGUUGAACAUCACCUGGGGCAACAGCAGCAGGGAGAGGAGCCUGAGGGAGCCGCUGAGAGCACAGGGACCCAGGAGACCUACACACCGGGGAUCACAGACACAGAAGCGGAGUCAAGGCUGGACACCUCUGGGAAAGCACCAAAGCCUGCAGAAUCCACCCCAAAAACUCAGGAGAGAGGCACUGAGAAACCAAGCACAGAAGAACCCUCAACCCGUAUACCACCACUGGAUUCCCAGGGAGCCAACUUGGCUAGGUGAGCAGUGGUCCUGCCUGGAGCAGAGGCAUUGAUGAAAUAACCUGGUCUGAGAGUGAAGGAGGUAUCCGAGAGUCAAGACUGCGGUUGGGGUGUGUGUGGACACUGGAUUUGUUUUAUUUCCUUUUGGGGAAAAUAUCGUUUUUAAAAAGUGAUAAAUUUGGUUUUAGGCCCUUGG